GCGACUACCCGAAGCUCCCCGACCGCUCCCAGCAUGAGAGGGAUCCGUGGUAUGACUGGGACCACUCCGAACUGAGGCUGAACUGGGGUGAACCGAUACACUGGGACCUAGACAUGUACAUCAGGAACCGUGUGGACACGUCCCCCACGCCUGUCUCCUGGCACAUCAUGUGGAAGCAGCUCCUCGGCUUCAUAGCCUUCAUGGCGUUCAUGUUUUGGGUGGGGGAGAAGUACCCCUCCUACCAGCCCGUGUGGACAGAGGGCCAUGUCGGUUUUCUGCCCCCUGCAGGACAGACCAUGAAGCUGAAGGAACUUGAGAGGCCAGCCGUCCAGGCGUGGGGCCCGGCCAGCCAGUACCCUCCGUGUCUGGCCACAGGAACGUCAGCCCAGCAGCUGGAUGCCUCCUGUAGCACAAAUGGCGCGUUGGAGAUUUUCGAGGUCGAUUUCAGGGAUCCUUCUCCAGACUUGAAGCGCAAGGGGGUGCUUUCCGCAAGCAGGUUUCACAAGCUGACCUGGGGGAGCUUGGACAGUGGGCUUCCAGAAGGCUUCGGGGUCCUUGCAGGCGGCGGGGACAAUGGCGUGCUCACCAUAUACAACGUAGUCCACAUCCUGUCUUUGGGGAAGGAGCCUGUGACUGCUCAGAGACAGCAGCACACGGAGGCUGUCAGAGCCCUCGACUUUAACCCCCUACAGGGCAACCUGCUGGCCUCUGGGGCCAGCGAGUCUGAAAUCUUCAUCUGGGAUUUGAACAACCUGAGUGGGCCCAUGACCCCGGGAUCCAAGCCCCAGCCCGUCAUCCGCGUCAGCGACCACAGCAGCAGGAUGCGCUUCUCGGGCCUGGCCUGGCACCCUGACGUGGCCACCCAGCUGGUGCUGAGCUCGGAAGACGACCGUCUCCCGGUGGUCCAGCUGUGGGACUUGCACGUCGCUUCCUCGCCCCUGCGGGUGCUGGAGAGCCACCGAAAGAGGGUCUUGUCGGUGUCGUGGAGCUGGGCGGAUCCUGACCUGCUGCUCAGCUGCGGCAAGGACGGCCAGAUCUUGUGCAGCAGCCUGGGGAGCGGCGAGGUGGUGUACGAGCUGCCCGCGCAGAGCAGCUGGUGCUUUGACGUGCAGUGGUGCCCCUGGGACCUGCCGGUGUUCUCCGCCACCUCUUGCGAUGGCUGGAUCAGCUUGUACUUGUACUCGGUGAUGGGAAGAAGCUGGGAAGCCCAGCACGCGCAACAGGCUGCCCAGGUCUCCUCCUCCUUCAGCCGGGGCCAGCCUCUCCCGCCACUGCAGGUGCCCGAGCAGGCGGCCCGAGUGCCGCGGAUCCUGGCCCUGAAAAAGACCCCCAAGUGGCUCAGAAGGCCAGCGGGCGCCGUGUUUGCUUUUGGAGGGAAACUGGUGACCUCUGGCAUCCCCGGCACCCCCGCCCGCCGGGUGCUGCAGCCGUGCCCCUGCCUGGUGUUUGUCAGUCAAGUCACCACGGAGGCGGAACUCCUGCUGCAGGCGGCCAAGCUGCAGGAGGCCCUGGGCUCGGGAGGUCUCCCGGAUUACUGUCAGGCCAAGAGCCAGCAGGCCUCCCUGCAGAGCGAACAGAGGCUGUGGCAGUUCCUGCAGGUAUCCUUGGAGCAAGAUUCCAGAGUGAAAUUUCUCACGCUGCUCGGAUACAGCCAAGACGAACUCCAGAAGAAGGUGGCCACAUGGUCGCAGAGUGACUUGGGGCUGGGUGAGAGCCCUCAGCCUGAGGGAAGUGACCUUGACAGUAGCAGCCAGCAGGCCUCGUGUAGCCAAGGUGCCUCCAAGCCCACCCCAGAGGAAGCCUCUGCUUCCUCAGCCUUCUUUGAUGAGCUGGUCCCUCAGAACACGACUCCAUGGGAGAUCCCCCUCUCGGAAGACGCUGACGGACUCCUGAGCCAGGCCCUCCUGCUGGGGGAGCUGGGCCCCGCCGUGGAGCUGUGUCGGAAGGAAGGGCGCCUUGCCGAUGCGCUCGUCCUGGCCCAGGCGGGGGGCGCCGACCUGCUGAAGCUCGCACAGGAGCGCUACCUGGCCAGGAAGGCCACCAGAGUCUCCCCGCGUUUGGCCUGUGUGGUGCAGAAGAACUGGAAGGACCUGGUGUGUUCCUGCAGCCUGAAGAACUGGAGGGAGGUGCUGGCCCUGCUGCUGAUGCACGUGGGCCCAGAGCGGUUCCCCAAGCUCUGCGACAUGCUGGGAGCCCUCAUGGAGCAGGAGGGGCGGGCGCUGACCCCUGAAGCCAGCCUCUGCUACGUGUGCUCAGGGAGCGUGGAGCGGCUGGUGGAGUGCUGGGCCAAGGGCCGGCCGGCUCCAUGCCCCCAGGCCCUGCAGGACCUGAUGGAGAAGGCGAUGGUCCUUUCCAGGAGCUUGGAGCUUCUGUGGGGUCCCGAUGGGGCGAGCCCAGGCCCUGCCACAACCUCCAAGGUCACUCAGUACGCCAGCCUCCCGGCUUCCCAGGGCAGCCUGGCUGCUGCCCUGAGCUUUCUGCCCCGCAACUGCGCUCAGGUGAGUGUCCAACAGCGGAGGGAGCGGCUUCUCCACGCCCAGGGCUCUGCCGUCCGGAGCUGGCAGCCUCCCCCGCUCCCCUCUCCCUGGGCUGCUGGGGGGGCCACGCCCCCCUCUAAAGAGACGUCACCUUGCAGACCCGGGGCCCAGCCCUCUCACCAGGUCUCAACUCCACCCCCAAGGCCAAGGGUUUUCACACCUCAGUCAUCACCUGGGAUGCCCCUGACGCCUCCCCAUCCUGGCCCUUACCAGGACUCAAGGAGGCAGAAUAUGAGUGACCACGGAGCCCCUGGGCCCCAGGCGGCCCGGCCUUUGCCUCUGGGCCCCCGGGCGAGGCCUGCUUUUUCUCAGCCGCAGCUGGUGGGAGGACCCAGGGCUCCAGCUCCUUACCCCAUGGGGGUUCCUGGAAUGCGGCCUCUUCCUGGUCCCCCUCCACCCAUGGCACCCCCCCCGAUGUCACGUCCUGGCUCUGCCUCCGCGCGUGAGACUCCUGGCCUGCUCCCGCUGCCUCCUAUGGGACCGCCAGCUCCCGGCACCAUGCUCUCCCAGCCUCUCGGCCCUCCUGCCAGCUUCCCUGUGGCACCCCGUCCCAGAGGGCUGGGUGCCCCAUGCUCUGGUACCCUCCCAGCUGCUGGCAUCGUGACUCCUCAUCCAGGACCUCCGGACUCCUGGAAAGGUGCUCCAGCCCCCUGCGGACGCUCCCGGAGGAGCCAGCCGCAGGAGCCCUGCGUGCCUCCAGCACCCAUCACUGCGCCGGUCGCGAGCCUCGCCCCCGAGCCUCCCGGGCGCCUGCCCUUGCGGCCGCGUUCCGGUGUGAGUCCUGCUGCCCCGGGAGCUCCAGGAGAACUCAGCCUGCAGCGUCAGCACCGGCCCCCUGAGAAGCUGGGGAGGAGUGAGCUGCCCCCAGAGCACCAGGCCCUGAAGACCAGCUUCGAGGCGCUUCUCCGACCCUGCUCCCUGGCCGCAGCCGACCUAAAGACCAAGAGGAGGCUGAAGGAGCCAGCCCGGCGCCUGGAGCACCUGUAUGAGCAGCUCUGCGCCGGGGCGCUCUCACCCCACGUGCUGGCCGGGCUCCAUGAGGUGGCCCGCUGGGUGGACGCAGGUCGCUGGGAGCAGGGCCUGGCCGCGCACACCCAGCUGGCGGGCUGCAGCAGCUUCAGCGAGGUGUCCGGCUUUGUGCCUGUCCUGAAGGCCGUCCUCACCGUCGCCCAGACGCCGCGGUGUGUGCCAUCGGUGUGGUGCACAUCCACGGAGUGCCUGCUGUGGGCCCCGGGAGCCUCAGCCUUCCAGGACCCGCCCGAGACCCGCUCUGCCCAGUGGCAGGGCGCAGAGUCGGUUCUUCACUCGCCCAGCCGUGCCCUGCUGGCCCCAGCCGGGAUGGCCGCUCCUGCAGGGCUGGUCCAUCUAGGGGCUUCGAGGAGUUCUCUGGUGGGUGGAGCUGACGGCCGCUCACCCUCUGGACAAGCUGUGGACACGAGGGCUGGGUGCCUGGCAGAGCCGAGAGGAGACUUUGGCCCCUUUCAGGGAGAGCGGCCCGUCUGCAGCAUGCCUAAGGGGGGCUGGGCCGGGGCUGCCUCCUCGGCCUGCGCUUUCACCGGGCAUGCCACGAGCGACACACUGAGGUACCGACGUGCAAUAAAGCCGCUUGACUCGGUUUCCCCAGCCGUCUCCCCCUCUCUGGCCAUCGUCCCCCGGGGCUACCCGGCUGCGGCCCAUCUUCCCAGGCCUCUGCGUUCUCACUUCUGUGCCCUAGCGUCCCUGUCCGCGGGACAGGGCUGCACGGCCCGGACCGCGAGGCCCCGAGGGGGCCAAAAAGGGCCCGGAGAAGGCGAGGACAGCGAAGGAGGGCGCAAUGGAGACGACAGGGAGCAACGGGGUCGGACGCUGGUCCGGAGGGCAUGGAGCAUCGGAGAGGUGGGGGGGCACGUGGAAGGAAAGCCCCCAAGAUUUGAGAGACGGGACAGAGGUCCCGCGAUUUACGACCGGGUGGCUAGGUGGCUGGGGACAGACACCAUCGUCAAGGAUGGGGAGGGAGAGGACCCCUGA